AUGCCAUCUAUUCUACAUACAUGGUUUAAAUUUUCUCCAGACACAACAUAUAUAACUACAAAUGGUAAUGCAACAUUUUUUCAUCGUUAUAUUCCCGAACGAUAUUAUCAUCAGAUACAUUCGACUAAUUGUAAACAAGCACAUUCUAUACGUGAUUUAUGUUGUCAUAGUGCAUCAGAAUUUUAUAUUUAUUUUAAAAAUGAAAAUAGAUUUAAAUGGUUAUGUCGAUUUGAUGAUGAUCAAUAUGUAAAUGUACCAUUACUUAUUGAUUAUUUAAAACAAUUUUUUCCUGAUAAACAACUUUUAUAUAUUGGUAAACCAAGUUUCAAAGAACCAAAACGUGGACGUGGUAUAGAGUUUUGGUUUGCAACUUAUGGUGGUGGUGUUUGUUUUUCUAGAUCUCUUUUAAAAAUGAUUCGCAAUGAUGUUCAACCAAAUCAUAAAUUUAUGGAAGGUUGUAUAUCAACGAAUUUUCCUGAUGAUACACAUAUAGCUUAUAUACUCAGGAAAAAAUAUAAUGUUAAUUUAACUAUUGCAAAUGAUUUUCAUCAUCAUAUUGAACGAAAUUUAUUUACUAAUUUAACAGAUCCAACAAAUAUUGAUCAAGCGAUUACACUUGGCUUUAAAGGUAGUAAUGUACCUCGAUUUAUACCUUUAAUAAAAAAUGAUGUAUAUCAUAUGCAAACAUUACAUUGUUUAUUAUAUCCAGAUGUAAAUUGUAUGUAUUUAUUGAGAAUUUUAUUAAAUAAAUUAUAUGAAGAAAAAGCAAGAUUAAUUUAA